AUGGCCCGCCAAUUGAUCGUUCUUGCCCUCCUCUUCUCCGCCGCCGCGGUCUCCGCCCAAUCCCCAUCCUCCGCUCCCUCGGCAUCCCCUGCGGCGGCGCCUACAAAGCCGGCCGCCACCACCCCCGUCGCCGCCGUUCCCGCCGCAGCUCCGAGCAAUAUCGCCGCCACUCCCACGGCCGCCGUUCCCGCCGCAGCUCCGAGCAAUAUCGCCGCCACUCCCACGGCCGCCGUUCCGGCCGGCGCGGAGGAGGAGGCGGUAACUCCGGCCGGCGAAGCCUCGCCCGACGCCGCCCCCGGAGAGGCUCCGGCUGAGGCGCCGGUUGCCGAUGAUGCUGCUGACGAAGCUACGCCGGAAGAUGAUGCUGCCACUGGCGGCGCCGCCGGCUUGGAGGUGUCGGCCGUCGUGGGCGUCGCCGCCGCCGCCGGAGUUUUCUACUUCUAA